AUGGAUUCAAAGAUGGAUGUUGAUGUGGGGAAGCCCGCGCAGCCUCACGGAUUGUCACCCGCGACAGAUCCGCAAUCAAUACCAACGCUGGACGGUUGGAUUGAUAGCCUGAUGGACUGCAAACAAUUGGCGGAGAAUGAUGUUUCAAGACUUUGUGAUAGAGCCAGAGAAGUCCUUCAGGAGGAGUCAAACGUACAACCUGUGAAAUGUCCCGUUACAGUCUGCGGCGAUAUUCAUGGCCAGUUCCAUGAUUUGAUGGAGCUGUUUCGAAUCGGCGGACCAAAUCCAGACACGAACUACCUCUUUAUGGGAGACUACGUAGAUCGUGGCUAUUACUCCGUCGAGACAGUUACCCUUCUUGUCGCUCUCAAGAUCAGAUAUCCGUCCCGAAUCACUAUCCUCCGUGGAAAUCACGAAUCGAGACAGAUCACCCAAGUUUACGGAUUCUACGACGAAUGUUUACGAAAAUAUGGCAAUGCCAAUGUCUGGAAAUACUUCACCGACCUCUUCGACUACCUUCCUCUCACCGCCCUUAUCGAUAACCAAAUCUUCUGUCUACAUGGUGGUCUGUCUCCCAGCAUUGACACCCUUGAUAAUAUCAGAUCCCUCGACCGAAUCCAGGAAGUUCCGCAUGAAGGACCCAUGUGCGAUCUGCUCUGGAGCGACCCAGACGACCGAUGUGGUUGGGGUAUCAGCCCAAGAGGUGCGGGAUACACGUUUGGUCAAGAUAUUUCCGAAGCAUUCAAUCACAACAAUGGCUUGACCCUGGUAGCCAGAGCUCAUCAAUUAGUCAUGGAAGGGUACAAUUGGAGUCAAGACAGGAAUGUGGUGACAAUUUUCAGUGCUCCCAAUUACUGCUACAGAUGUGGAAAUCAAGCUGCCAUUAUGGAGAUUGACGAGCAUCUGAAGUAUACCUUCUUGCAAUUCGAUCCUUGCCCACGAGCUGGAGAACCCAUGGUCAGCCGAAGAACCCCAGACUACUUUCUUUGA